CCUUUGGAGUACUUGGCUCUGACCGCGAUUGGCACCUUCUAUUAUUGGCAGGGAAGCAAAAGCGCAGAGAGAAAGGGUUUUUUGCCUCAGCCGCCCUUUCCAGCUCCUUACAACCCCGGGCGGACGGGACCCAGAAGAGACCGCUGGGCGGAGCCAGCCCUGCAGGAGAGCGACAGGGCGGGCCGGCGGCCUCAAAAGUCCGGACUAGCAGAAGAGCAGGGACUGGAGAAACCAGCAUGGAGAACAGCCCGCACGCUUUCGACAAGCCCAAGGUGGAACUUCAUGUCCAUCUGGAUGGAGCCAUUAAACCAGAAACCAUUUUAUACUUUGGCAAAAAAAGAGGAAAACAGCUCCCUGCAGAUACAGUUGAAGGCCUCCUACAACAUGUUAGUUAUAAUGAGCCUCUCAGUCUGACAGAGUUCUUAGCAAAAUUUUCUAUCUACAUGCCAGCAAUUGCGGGGGACCGCGAGGCUGUGGAAAGGAUUGCUUAUGAGUUCGUAGAAAUGAAAGCAAAGGAAGGUGUAAUCUAUGUUGAAGUUAGGUACAGCCCACAUCUCCUUGCCAACUGCAAAGUACAUCCUAUCCCUUGGGACCAAGAAAAGGGAGACCUCACUCCAGAUGAAGUGGUUAGCCUUGUUAAUCGGGGGUUAAAAGCUGGAGAGAAGACUUUCAACAUCAAAGCCAGGUCUAUUCUAUGCUGCAUGCGCCACAUGCCAAGCUGGUCACCAGAAGUGGUGGAGCUAUGUAAGAAGUAUCGGAAUGAUUCAGUGGUUGCUAUUGACUUAGCUGGUGAUGAGUCAAUAAAUGCUGAGACCCACCCAGAUCAUCGAAAAGCUUUUGAGGAGGCUGAAAGAUGUGGCAUUCAUCGGACUGUUCAUGCUGGCGAGGUUGGGCAAUCCCAGAUAGUCAAGGAUGCAGUCUGCAUCCUAAAGGCAGAACGAAUUGGCCAUGGCUACCAUGUUUUGGACGAUGAACGUCUGUAUAAACAGCUCUUGGAAGAAAAUAUGCAUUUUGAGGUGUGCCCUUGGUCUAGUCACCUCACUGGUGCAUGUAAACUCCCCUUCAGUGAUCAUCCAGUAGUAAGGUUUAUGAAAGAUGGUGCAAAUUAUUCCUUGAACACAGAUGAUCCACUCAUUUUCAACUCCACAAUUCACACUGACUACAAAAUAGCUCAAGAUUCCAUGUGCUUCACAGAGAAAGAAUUCGAGAGACUGAACAUAAAUGCAGCCAAGUCUAGCUUCUUGACAAAGAAAGAAAAGAAGGAGCUUCUCCACAAACUAUAUGAAGCCUAUGGGAUGGUACAAAGCACAGAGUUCUAAUCCAUUCUAUGCUGCCAAUCGUGACCUCUUCUCCUGACAACUUUGUGGCAGUCGGAGGCCUCCGUUUUGCUUCUUGGAAGACAACACACAAAUUUAGUAUUACUAUCUUGUUUACUAUUACUAUCCACUGAGUGGGGCAUGCACUAAAUAUAAAGAACAGUAUUCCUGUGAUGUCUGUGUUAUAUCUACCUAUAACACCCAAAUCUCAUAGAUAGGGUGCGUGCUUUGAGUUUACAUAUUCAUAUUCUAGGCUGGAGACUGAUAUCUUUUCGGAGACCUGAAUGUUUGGAAGAGAGAUUGCUUCUUGUCAUAAUUGCAUUUGUUUCACUUUACCAACAGGUUUUGCUGGCUGUGAAUUAUUUUAAAAAACUAUUUGACCAGAAGUGACAGUGGGUCCAAAAAAAAAGUGUAUAUACAAUGGGAAGCAAAGUUUCUCAAAACAUUUCCCUCUCUCUUAAAAGAUACAGUUUAUUUCCAGCCUUCCAGAGAUUUGUCUGUAAUUCUGUGUUCUGUGUGCCCACUUGAAAAGAGUUAGAGAAUCACAUACCACCACUGACAUUUUUCAGAUGUUUGUCAUAUGAUGAGAAAUCUCUGAUAAAAAUGAAGAUAUCACUUUAUCCCUAGUUGUCUGAUUGUUUGACACAACUGUAGGCUGGUUUCAUUUUGUACUUGAUUGUCCUCGGCCUUAACACCAAUUCAAUACUUUUUUUCAGCUUCAUCAAAUUCUUUGGAGCUAAUAUCUAAAUAGUGGCUCUAAUCCAAAGAUAGUUGUGUGCACCUAAGAGAUAUGAUUCCUAACCAUAUUUCAAGAAGGCUAGGAGAGUGCAUCACUAUCCACACAGUACAUUGUGAAUGACUCUUCUCUAGGUGUAUAUCGGCAUCUGAUCUGUGCAUAUAGUUCCCAAUACAGCAAGGGAUCCCUACAUGAAAGAGAGCCUGUUUUUGAAUGCCAAUCUCACCUGCUGAAUUGGGGCAAAUACUGUAGUCUAGAUUUAGCAUCUACCUUCCCAAAAUUCAAACUUGCCUUAGAUGUCUUAAGCUGUGUGUGCAAAGAACAAAAAAACCCACACAGGUUUUUUUAAUUAGUUGAUCUCACAAAAGAAGUGAACCUUUCUAUUCCGUGCACUUGCUGAGUCAACUGCCUUGUCCCCUACCUGCACUAUAGGAACUGCCCUACUUAACUGGCAGUUUUGACUAAGCAAUGUUUUAUACAACAUACUAUUUUUUUCUUGUCUGUGACCACCAGCAAGGUAACUUUACUUAAUGAUGCUAGAUUAUCUGGUAAGUGGUCCACUGCCUGGUACACAAACCAGCUGGGCUAAAUUUCUAGAAUUAAACUGGGUGUUCAGUUGUUUUUCAUCACUUGGACUAAUUUGGCUUAAAUGCAGAUACUUUGGUUUAACUAAGUUAUGGGUCAAGCUAUAAGUUAGUAGCUUAAGCAACGUAGCAGUUGAAUAAUUCUGGGUUUUUUUGCAGGAAUAGUAAAUAUAGUAUCAAAAUCAAAGUGAGACUACAAAGUAAGACAGCACAAUGCCAGGAAGCCUUAUUCUCAUGUACAUUUGUUGGAUUUUAUUUUUAGUUAUUGUAAUAUUUUGUUUUGCACUUUUAAAAACACUCCUUAGUUGGAGAAUCUUUACAAGUAUCCAUGAAGUUCCCAUGCAUCUGAGCAGAUACUUAGGUCUUUGUGUUUCAUGUUAAGGAACUUGGAAGACUUGUACGUGCAAGGAUCAAACUAGUGUACUAAACUUCCAUUUUACAACUUUACUCUUUUAAAUAGAUGCUUCGAUCCUAACGUCCGUGAAUGGAAUAGAGUUCAUAGAACAAGUAUUUCCUGGCUCUCCCUUCUCUCUGCAGCCCCUUGUGCGCCCCUCCCCCACAUAUCUGCUCCUGGGGACAGGGGGAGCCUUGGAAGUAGUGUGAGAUAAGGUGGGGACUGCAGAUGGAGGAAAGAGUUGGCAGAAAUUACCCCUCUUAUGUGAACAACUUAGGAUCUAAGCCGUGGCAUUUAAAGCCAAGGCUUUUAAAAUUUUAUAAGCUUUCUGGAAAAGUGAUCAAAAUUUGUGAACUACUAGAGAAGCCUCAAGAUGCUACAAGAAGAACAACAUUGAAUGGUUUGUGCUGUCACUUGAUAUCUAUUAAAAGUCAAAUUUUUAGUUAUGUGAGUUCUGUGCUUAUUCUUCAUAAAGAAUAGUUGUUGAGGGCCCAAAUAGAUAUUUCAAGAAAUUCACAUCUGCUUCAAUCAGAUGUUUAGCUCCCUCCUCCCUAAUGUCUAAUUGAACUUAACUGGUCUCAUAACACACCAUGUUUCUGCACCCCUACAAGUGACAGCCAGCAGUGUAAAGUGAAGAUUGGGAAACACAGACUGUUGUGAUUUAUAACACAGGUAAGUUCUUCUAGAUAUUACGGAUGGGAGGGUGAUGGUUAAACACUCAAUUACCAUUUUCAGUAACAGGUGUUCACUCGGUAUAAAACUGGUUUGAUUCAGAGAAAAAAGUCUUCCUCCACAAAAAUGUGGAUCAUUUUUUUCCUAUCAGCAAGAGUUGCAUUUGUUCCUUAUCCUGUUUCAACCACAUUUCUAGACUUAAGUACUUAUAAACAUGGUUAGCCCACAAUCUGAAUAUAUAUUAAACUCUUCACAAGAAUAAUACAGCUUGGUCAAAAAGUUCAUUCAAGAAAAAAUGAAGGUGUGAAUCUAUAAGUACUGCCAGAUAUUGAAACUCUUAAUUUGUAGUAAACCCAUACUAUUCAACAAGAAAGUGUGAAAAUGUUGGGCAAAUUCCUGGCCUUUUUGAUAUAUCUCAUGUGUGGCUCUGUGUCCAUAAUUAAUUAGUUCUUGCUGUCUAGAUGUAGUCUAAACCAGCUUUCCCCAACCUCUGGCCCUCCAGAUGAUGCUGAACUCCAGCUCCAAUAAUCUCUGCCUGUUAGCCAUGCUAGCUAGGGCUGAUGGGUGCUGAAGUCCAACAACAUCUGGAGGGUGCUAGAUUGGGAAAGGCUGGUCUAGAUGGUAACUCUCUGCCUAUACGGAACCAGCUGAUGCUCUAACACUGAAGGCUUGUUGUAGACCUUUACCCUGAAAAUGAGGCUGAGGCCCUUCAUAAAAUAAAACAAAUAUUUGUGCUUUUCUCUACUGAAAAUAUUCUAUAUCAAGGAGUUGGACUUGCUUUAAACACUGCUUCUCUGUGAACAAAAUGUUUUCCACAGAGCCCUUCAUCUCUUAGAGCUUGUCACCAGCUAGCUCUGGACAUUGCUGGGUCUGCUGGUCCUUUUUCUAAAGUGUGGCGGUGAAGCCUUAGUUUUGCAGGGAAUAUGAAUGACACAUUUUUGGUUUCAUCACAAUGUAGUCAGGGCUCAUUCCAGAAUACCAGGUGUAUCUGCAGGCUGGUUUCUUGCUUCGGGAUGAUCUUUCCCAUAGCGCUAUAGAAAAUAAGUGGCACAGGUGAACUUUCUGAGACAGUGUUACCCGGUGCCUGUGCAUCACAGUAUUUCUAAUGCUGUACUACUACAUUUUGUAUAUAGUAAUGCUAUUAGCUUGGGUUUACAAUGUGUUUUUUUUUAAAUUCCAUUAGCAAAGUUGAGGAAAUCAUACAAUGUCAUAUUUCAGUGAUUAUAAAGGCUGGUAGUACAAAGCUUCAAACACCAAAAAUCAUUCUUUAAUGAAUGGCUGUAUCAUCAUCACACUGUAUCACAUGAGGAAAUGAGUCUGAGCCUUGCAUAGCACUUGUAUCAGAAAAUAGUUCUGAAUGUAAACAAAAAUGUCUGUCUAUAUAUACCCAGGAAUAUAUAUAGGAAUGAUUUUGUUAUUUUUGUAAUGUCAAUGGAAAGUUAUCCUGGUUAUAAAUUGUUCAAAUGUUGUUCACAUCCUAAAGUGCAAAGGAUAAUUUCUCUUUCGGUUUAAUGAAAUAAAUUCCAUUUUAACUAUAUGCAUAUGUCACUAUUGUCUUGACCACAUCACAAAAGAUUCCAAGCCAAAAUCUGUAACAUGUAGUUCAAUUUAAAACCUGGAAAUGUUGUGGCUGGCAGGUACCUUGGUGGAGCAGGCGAUGGAGGGUAGAUUGCUGUGUUCCACCUGGGCUGCAGUGGUUAUGUGACUUGUUAGGGCAGCUGUAUGGACAAAAUUAAACUAACUGUAAUGAUGGAGCUCUAGAAUGGACACACACUUAGAAUGCCUAUGGGUUGUUACAUGAGGAACAGGAACUUGUGCUUCUAUUCCCUGUGCUUCUUAAGACCAAACUAGAUAUGACACA